AUGAAUAACUCCGUUUUAUCUCAAUCAGAUUUUGGAGAACAUAACAAUGAUGUGAUUGAUCUCUAUGAAUCUUAUAAUGCACUAUCAAUGAAAAAUUCGAGUCACGAAGAACAUACACCUUUGAACCCAAUGGCUUAUCACAAAAAAGAUCAUUAUACUGCUUUUUUCGUUUGCUACAUGUUUUUAACAAUAAGAGCAACAACUAGUUCAAUAUGUGAAAAGUUCAAAAGCACUUGGAAAUCUAACCAUUCAGAUGGGGCAAGUAAAUGGUUACUAUUGUUGGAUUUAAAAUAUCAGGACUCUGAACUUCAAGAAUCUAUUCAAAGAAUUAUUAAUGAUCGUGCAAAAUUAUAUGAAGCCAACACUUCUCCAUUUCUAAGAUUAGCAGAUUCAAAUCCUGAAAACGUUGAAGGUUUGAUAAAAACAAUAGAACAAGUUUUACCAUCAAAAGUUCUUUGUGAAAAUUAUUUGGAUUUUUUUUUCCAUUUCAUGUCAAUUUUAAGACCAUUUGUUGAUGAAGAUACUUUCAAAAAAGAUGUUGCUAGAAUCAUCAGUUUUGAUGAUGUUACACUAAAGCCUAAAGUUAAAUUUUCAGAAAGACGUGAUUGUGCCAUAGUGGCUACGUUUUUGAUCAUAAUACGGUAUGCUUCAAUUGCAGUUUCCGUUAUUGAUGAAGAAGAGUUGCCCACUUUUUUGAUUCCAUUAAAAGAAAAUCCAGUUUCUGUAAAAGCCAUACCCGUUGCACAAAUGUGUCUAUCAAUUUAUAAAGUCUUGAGGAAAUCUACAAUACAUAUAUUACAAGCAUUGCUAUACCUCAGAAUGUAUUUUAAAGAUUGUCCAGAAGAUGGUGAUGGACUGACUUUAAUUCAAUCACAGCAAUUAUUUGGUUUUAUUGUUCAAUCCGCAUUGGCCAUGGGUCUUCAUAGAGAUCCAGUAAAUUACAGUCAGAUAUCCAACGAUGUGAAAGAAUCAAAUUUAAGAAGAAGAAUAUGGUACUCCAUCGUUAAUAUAGAUACUGAAACAUCAAUAUUAGCAGGAUCUUUAAGUGUAUUACCAGAUCCAUCACUAGUCAAUGUUAAGCCACCAAUGAAAACAUCUGUGGACUCAAUUGAAAAUGCACAAGCUGAAGACUUGGAAAAAAGUACUGAACUGAAUCAAAUUUGGCAAAAGUUUUGUAAUGAAGUUAACAAUAUGCAAGAAAAACCAACUUUGUCAACCUUGGUUGGAACACUAGAAAGGGCUAGAAAAUUUGUGGAAACAAACUACUCAAUGAAAGAUAUGAUUUCAUGUAAAGAAAUGAACUGUGGUUCUAGAAUUUUUAGAAGUUCAAUGUUUAAAAAUGUUAAAAUAUUGGAAAAAAAUUUAUUGCAAUUAUCUUUAGAGCUGAGUUUUUAUGUUGGUUUAACAAUACACUAUGAAUCAAAUGCACAUUUGAAUGCAGAUCUAUACAAAAUUUUCUUCAAAAAAUCUUUAGAAAACUUGGUUUCAGCAUUGGAUAUUGCAGGUGCCUAUUUGGCAGGUGCUUUUAAUGACUAUUUUAGAUCGGUUUACACCAACUUCACAUUACUUCCUUUGUUGAACACAACUAUUUAUAGAGCUUCAAAUAUUGUUGUGGGAAGCUUAUUACGUGCAUAUCAUGCACAAGAAUUGUUAAAUUCCAAAUUUUAUUCAUCAAAAUCAAACGUUUCCUCAGAAGAAUUUGAAAAAUUGAUUAAUCCACUUUGUAAAAGGUAUGAAGAUUUCAUGUUUAUUUAUAAAAAUAGAUUGGGAACGAAAUAUUAUCAAUCUUUGAAAAUGACUGGUGCAGGUAAAUAUAGUUUUGUUGCCUUGAAGAAAAAUAAGUUUACAAUUAUGAAUAAAAUCAUCAAAUACUUGGAAUCAAAUGAGAAAGGUCAAAUUAAUGAAGAUCUUUUUUUAAAUGGUUCAAAGACUAGAGAAGAAAUCAAAAAAACUUUCCAAUCAAAUAAAAGCUUGAUACGAGUAUAUGCUGAAUGGAUGCAGUUGAGCAAUUCAUCAAAAUGGGAAAAUGGUAAUCGCAUUACAAAAGAGAAGGAUGAUGAUAAACCAAGCGAAGAACCUGCAACUAUUAUUAAUAUUAAUAAUUCAAAUAUGCUUUUGGAAUUCACUAAAGAAGAGAUUCAUGAAUAUUCAGAUAUAUUGAUAAAUGCCUUCAGAUUCUGUUCGUUCCCAAAAAACACUAAUAUGGAUGCUUCAAAAGAAUUACUCCAAGAACAUACAACAUCUUCAACACCUUCAGAAUUGUACAAUGAAGAAUUUUAUGACAAAAUAUUUCAUGAUUCAGAUUUUGAUUCACAAAUGUCAAGACUUUUUAAGGCAAGUAAAGGGAUUGCUCCAGGUAAUGAUUAUACUGCAAGUGAUGGUGUCUUUGGAGAAAUAUUUGAUCAACUAAUGGGUAGUUCAACUGCUACCGUUGAUGAUAUAUUGAAGUUUCAAUUUUAA